AUGGCCGCACAGAAAGCCGGGAUGCUUCCCGUUCGCUACCGAGCAGCAGCAGCAACGGCAGCAACAGCAGCAGCACGAACUAAGGCAAGAACAAAAGGCACAGCACGAGAUAGCAGCCGCGCCGUUUUUGCAGAAACACCGAUUCAGGAGCCGAAUGUGUCUGCUCCAACUAAACCUAAAGACAAGAAGCAAGCAAAGCUGCCUCAUCAGCAUCCCCAUCUCUGUACACGGGAGGGGACUGUGUUGUGCGAUACCAGUAGGAUGGUAUUGUUGUUCCCCACAGAGUCUUCUUUUCCCUUGGGGGAAGGGAGUAUGCCGUUUCGAUUGCCGUUGACACUACUAGCUAUCGACGGGACUUGGAAAGAGGCCAAAGAAAUGUUCAAAGCCACUCCUUGGCUGCAGCAGCUGCCCGCCGUGCACCUGCCUCUUUUGAAGACGGAGGACCAGGCAGACCACUGUGGUGGUGGUGGUGUCGCUGCUGCUGAUGCUGCUGAUUCAGUUGCUGCCGACUGCGGCAACAGCAACAGCAAAGACACAAUGGAGGCAGUCCGAGUCUCAGGAGCUUACGGGAUGAUAAGAACGCCACCAGCCCGCAUUGCAGCCAGCGGAGGAGUCUGCACGGCUGAGGCCGUCGCGGAGGCUCUGUCCAUCAUCGGCCGUUGGGCCCGGAGCGCCUCUUCCUCUUUGUUGCAAAUUGGUGAAACAACUAGGGAGACACUUCAGCGCAUAGUGUCCCUGCAGCAAGAGAUGCGAGACCGAAACAAAAACAGGCAGUCAACAGAUUGA